AUGACUAAAGAAGACAACCGGUUUAUUCCGGUUCACGAAGGCGAUCGUGAACCGCUUUUUGAGACCAGGAACAGAACCGGAGGAGUGAUCGCGUUCCGCGUUUUCGCGGCCUCUGUUUUCGCCUCUAUCUGUUCGAUUUGGUUCUACAGACUGACCGUACCGGUUGAGAUCGAUGAAAACCAAACCGGUUUCCUUCGAUUCAUCCGGUUAGUUAUGUUAAUUUUAGAGAUUUGGUUCGGUUUCUAUUGGUUAAUCAUACAAUCUCUCCGGUGGAAUCCGGUUUGGCGAUUCACCUCCACCGAUACACUCUCCCGUAGGCACGGCAACGACCUCCCAAAACUCGACGUUUUCGUUUGCACGGCGGAUCCGGUGAUCGAGCCGCCGUUGAUGGUGGUCAACACAGUCCUAUCCACUUUAGCUCUCGAUUACCCGCCGGAGAAACUAGCCGUGUAUCUCUCGGACGACGGUGGCUCUCAGCUCACGUUCUAUGCUCUCUCGGAGGCAGCUGAGUUUGCUAAAACAUGGGUUCCGUUUUGUAAGAAGUUCGACGUGGAGCCGAGAUCUCCUGCUGCUUACUUGUCUAGCAAGGCAAAUGGUCUUGAUACUGCUGAGGCAGUGGAGGUGGCUGAGUUGUAUAAAGAAAUGGCGGAUAGGAUUGAAACUGCGACGAAGCUUCGGCGAGUACCCGAGGAGGCGCUGUUUAAGUACGGUGACGGGUUUGCUCAGUGGGAUUCUGACGCUACUCAAAGAAACCAUGGGACCAUUCUUCAAAUUUUGGUAGACGGAAGAAAAGAGAAGACAGUAUCAAUACCAACGUUGGUUUACCUAUCGAGAGAGAAGAGACCUGAGCAUCAUCAUAACUUCAAGGCUGGAUCCAUGAAUGCAUUGUUAAGGGUGUCUUCAAAGAUCAGCUGUGGGAGAAUCAUACUUAGCUUGGACUGUGAUAUGUACGUAAACAACUCAAAGUCAGCACGCGAAGCGCUCUGCAUCCUGCUUGAUGAGAAACAAGGGAAAGAGAUUGCUUUCGUGCAGUUCCCGCAGUUUUAUGAUAACCUUACAAGGAAUGAUUUGUAUGGAAGCAUGAUGCGAGUAAUAGCACAUGUGGAGUUUAAUGGAUUGGAUGGAAACGGUGGACCGUUUUACAUUGGGACUGGCUGCUUUCACAGAAGAGAUGUGAUUUGUGGAAAAAAGUAUGGAGAUGAUGAAGAAGAAGAAGAAUCUGAGGAGGUUCAAGAAAUUUUAGAGUCUGAGAUGAUAAAGGCUCUUGCGAACUGCACUUACGAAAAAAACUCUCAAUGGGGAAAGGAGAUGGGUGUGAAAUACGGUUGCCCUGUAGAAGAUAUAGUUACCGGUUUAUCGAUCCAGUGCCGGGGAUGGAAAUCAGCGUACCUGACACCUAAAAGGAAAGCGUUUCUUGGUGUAGCGCCGACCAAUUUGCAUCAAAUGCUGGUGCAGCAGAGGAGAUGGUCAGAGGGUAACUUUCAAAUUCAGCUUUCAGAGUAUAGUCCGGUUUGGUUUGGUCAAGGAAAAAUCGGUUUAGGAUUGAUAGUUGGUUACUGUUGCUAUGGCUUCUGGGCUCCAAGCUCACUACCUCUACUUGUUUACUCUGUUUUGACUUCUCUCUGUCUUUUCAAAGGCAUUCCUCUGUUUCCGAAGGUCUUGAGCUCGUGGUUUAUUCCGUUUGGAUACGUGACAGUCGCAGCAAAUGCUUAUAGCCUAGCCGAGUUCUUGUGGUGCGGAGGAACGUUACGUGGGUGGUGGAACGAGCAAAGGAUGUGGCUUUACAGAAGAACAAGCUCGUUUCUUUUCGGGUUCAUGGACACGGUUCUGAAGAAACUUGGGGUUUCGGAGUCUGCGUUUGCCAUCACAGCGAAAGUAGCAGAAGAAGAAGCUGCAGAGAGGUAUGAGAAAGAGGUAAUGGAGUUUGGAGUGGAGUCUCCGAUGUUUCUUCUGCUGGGAACACUCGGGAUGCUCAAUCUUUUCUGCUUGGCCGCAGCGAUUAUGAGGCUGGUGAUGACAUCUAGAGAGGAUGUACAGACAAUGGGUAUGCAGUUUGUGAUAACAGGACUACUUGUGGUGCUAAACUUGCCUUUAUACGAGGGUAUGUUGUUGAGGAAAGAUAAAGGGAAGAUGCCACUGAGCGUGACUGUUAAAUCAGUUGUCUUAGCUUUAUCUGCCUGCACUUGUAUUGCGUUUCUGUAA